UUCUCCCUCAAAGCAUUGUCUCUGCAGACUCAAGAGAAGGAAAGCACCGCCCAGAACAGGACUACGCGCAGCACAGGGAAUUUGCUCGGAUUACUGCAGCACUACAUAGCACAGACUUAGACCAUAGCCAAGCCAAAAUACAUUUCCUGAGAUACCUGCACUAAAGCAGGCUACUCAAGUGAAGAAAAGACACGCAAAGCCCACAUCCCAAAACCAGAGAGGACAAGCAAGAUGGCAGCCGUCCCGGACAACACCGACAACAUCACCCAGCUGGGCGACAUCAAGGCACGUCUCAAGGCAUCUUACGACGUCAUCGCCCCGGCUUACAACGGCUGGACCAUCCCCAACUCGGCUCAACGCCUCGAGUACCUAGACAAGCUGCUCGCGCUGUUGCCCCAGCUUGCCACCAAGACCGACACGGACAACAAAGACCCAAACAACAACAGCAGCGAUGUCGGUGCAGCCGCGGACGCCGUCAAGAUCCUGGAGCUAGGCUGCGGCUGCGGCGUGCCAAUCACGCAGAAGCUCCUUGGCCUCGGAACCAACGUGCAGGUCCUGGCCGACGACAUCUCGAGCACCCAGAUCCAGCUCGCCAAGGAGGCCCUCCUGGCGGACGCUUCCGCUAGCGGCCGCAUCCAAUUCUACGAAGGCGACAUGGCAUCCCUGGACAUUGCGCCGGCCUCGCUCGACGCGGUCCUCGGGCUAUACAGCAUCUUCCACCUCCCGCGCGCCGAGCAGCCGUACAUGCUGGCCAAAAUUGCGGCCUGGCUGAAGCCCGGCGGCUACUUUCUGGGAAACUUUGCCGGCGAGGACGCCGAGGCCGUGGUCUUUGACAAGUGGCUCCACGACGACGGGUGGAUGUUCUACAGCGGCUGGGGCGAGCAGGGCACCCUCGACAUGGUGCGCAAGGCUGGCUUCGAGGUCGUCGUGGGCGAGGUCCGCGAGGAUGUUGUCAAGGCAGAGUUUUUGUGGGUCAUUGCCCGCAAGCUGUGAAUUCCUGGGCCAGCGGUGUCGACUUGACAGCAAAUUGCUGUGUUGCAGGCAAACCGGCUAUAUCCAACCAUUGAGGUUAUUAAGGGGGGACACGGAGAGGAGACUGAUGUGGUUUACGUGAGGUUUCUUGGUCAAAUUCAUCACAACUA